UUGGAAUUGGAAACAUUCGAGCAUUCGACAGUGGUAAAAGUGGCUGCUCAUAAAUUGUGAUUCGUUUUUAAAACCCUAAAUUUAAGUGCAAAAAGUGAUCGGAACCGCUCUAAUUUGCAUUUCCAGCGCUCUGGCAACGGCGGUCCGCCGAAUGAGUAAAAUCGAAUCAUAAAUCCUAAUGGCCAAGUGAAAACGGGGCCCUCACCUCGGUCUGCUAUUCUGCUAGAAAUUUCUUCUCCGGUGUGUAAGUAAGUGUGUGGGUAACGAGCGAGCAAAACCUUAUCCCGGGUCCGAUCUCUACCCAUCCAUCCAUCAGGGUGUGUGCGAACGUAAGUGUGAGUGUCCCAGAGUAGCUCUGCUGCUGUGUUUAUAUUUCCACAUCAACACAGGGCGAACGAACGACGGACUGGUGCACAAAGCGAGAAAAGCGGAGAAAGAGUUCACUGGUGGCCGUGGAAGCACCGACAAUUUUUAGCAGCAGCAGCAGCAGGUCUAGUGGAGUAUCAUAACCAUACAGAGUAGAAAAGAUGGCCGAUCUAGACGCAGUGAAUCUGGGUUUGGACGGAACCGAGCGGGACAUUGCCGAAGAGCUGGAGAAUAGCUACGACACCCGGAGUGAGGGUGGAGACAGCGAUGACAGUACCACAACUAAUCCGAGCAUUUCGGAAGUAAGUUCCGAUUCGUCCGACGACGAUGAGGAUGAGGAUGAUGACGACGGGAACAGUGAACGGCGAAAUUCUGCCAAUAAUAAGAAGCAGCAGCAGAAGAAGAAAGGCAAGAAAAAGGAGGAUAAAGAGACCAAGAAAGAUCAGGGGGAAAAAGAUGGCGGAAGCAGUGGUGCAAACGCAACGAAUAACAGUAAUAGCAAGAAGGAGCGGAAAUCUCGUAGCCGUAGUCCCCAGUCGGCUUCGGUUGCUGCAGCCCCGGCCACGUCCGAAACGAAGCGAAAGAAUGCUAAGAAUAGUUCGGUGAAAAACUCCGUCAAAUCAUAUGACUAUAUUACUAAAAUUAACUAUCUGUUCCGGGAGACCCGGUUCUUUUUGAUUAAAUCGAACAAUUCUGAGAAUGUAACCAUUUCCAAGACGAAGGGUGUCUGGUCCACCUUGCCGCCGAAUGAGGCCAACUUGAAUCAAGCGUUCCGUGAAAGUCGUAAUGUAAUUCUUGUGUUUUCGGUCAAAGAGAGCGGUAAAUUUGCCGGGUUUGCCCGGAUGGCCGCGGAAGCUCGUCGGGAUCUACCUGCCGUGGAGUGGGUACUUCCUCCGGGCAUGUCCGCGAAGGCACUCGGGGGUGUUAUCAAGAUCGAUUGGGUUUGCAAGAAGGAACUGCCCUUCACUAGUACGACACAUUUGUACAAUUCCUGGAACGAAAAUAAACCUGUUAAAAUAGGUCGUGAUGGGCAAGAAAUUGAGCCGAAGGUAGCUGAAGAGUUGUGCCGAUUGUUCCCGGAAGAUACGUCAAUUGAAAUGACACCCAUUCUCAAGAAGUCGAAAGAAGCUUCGAAGAUGAUGAAAGAGAAAGCUGCCUCGAAAUCGUUCCGUCGCCCACCGAACUUUUCACGUCCAUCUAGCAUGAUGCGUGGUGGAGGAGGUGGAGGUGGAGGGCGAGGUGGUCGCGGUGGUGGUCCUAUGAGGGAUGGUCGAAGGAAAAUGUUCCACGGUGGAAAAGGUCGUCCGGGUAUGUUUGCUCCGUACCGAAAGGAUGGGCGCCGUGGUCAUGGACCACCACCACGGAUGCCUCCAGGGGCUGCAGCUGCUGCGGCGGCUGCUUCCGCUGCAGGAUUCCACGGUUGGGAACGUUACAGUAGUACCGCGGCAGCUGAAGCCUAUGUGGCCGAUUAUAUGCGCACAAUGCAACAUCAACUUCCCCCAAUGCCGUACGCACCACCGCCAGGUUUCCCCGGAAUGCCGAUGCCGUACGAGAGUCUCCCACCUCCACGUUACUACGAAGGACUUCCGAUGCCCGAAUAUCCAAUGCCACCGGGUGCAAUUCCCGGCAGCGUGACCGGUGCAGCUGGAACGACACAAGCACGCGGUGGCUACGACAAGUACGAUGAGUUCAUGUGGAAACCUCCGCCGGCGGUUCCCGGUACCACGGUGCCAACCUCCACGGCUGGGGGCGCCUCGAUGCUACCGUCGAUGAAGGGUCCACCACCGCCCCUGCCCAAUUACCACAUUCCCCCGCCAUCCGUACCCCCGGUAGCUUCCGGCGGCUAUCCGUCGUCCGGGCACGGCGGCGGUCGCAAAGCUGACGGUUCGGAUGGUGGCCGUGGUCAGCGGGAUCGAGACCGGAACCAUCGCAACGAUCGGCAGCGUGGUGGCAGAGGCUACAACAAUCGGGAUCGACGAUGAUCUGCAGAUGCACUACACAGGACUACCGCUGGCGGGGCUCGCCUUCCGAGGUCACCACCUCCAGUAGUGUCAGUUUCUCCGGCCCGGUUCGGGUUGCACCGAGCCCGGGCUGCCCGGGAACCUACCACACGCAAUUACUAUUAUCACUACUUGACUAAAGAAGAGAACGAAGCAAAAUACUAUUAUUGAUCCCGAAUAUAAUACCUACAGAUACAGAGAUAUAUUAUGUCGGAAGUGACAAGCGAGAGGCGCGCACGGGACAGGGGACAGAACGGCGGAUGCAGAACGGAUUAGAAAUCAUCACCACCAACAUCUCCUUCUUCCUUGCAGCAGAGUAGCAGGGAAUCUGGGAAUCGUGGCACUGAACCAGGUGUAAAACGUAACGGUUCUGGAGGAGUUCCAUACCGGUCGAAUGGGAAUGUGCAAGUGCGACGUCCAUUUUUUUGGGGGGAAUCCUUCGACAUUCAGCGGUUGGGUCCCGGAACAGAUUACAGUGCUCUUCUGGGGGAAUGUGUGUUUUUCCACGCAUCUAUUCAUCUUGAGUACUGCCUCGGUACUUUUUUGCAUGGGGAUCUACCCAGAAGAAGAAGCAAAAGCAGUGAAUAACGUGAUAACGGAGUGUUUUGAGAAGCUAAAUUGUUCCUCUAUACGGACCUAGGCUCUUUUAGUGUUGAUGUUGUUUAUUCUUGGGAUGAAAGUGGAAUUAUGGAUUUUGUAAUAAAAGUAGUUGCGUUAAAGUUUGGGAAGGACUAUCCUACCAGAUUCACCAGUAAUCGGAGUGAGAUGAUGGUGGGGAGAAUAAUCUGUUCUACACAAAGCAAGUAUUCUCACGAUUAUAGAAAAAAAAAAAGAAGUUAAACGUAAGCGAUUGUCUGUCGACGACGUAGGACUCAGUGCAACAAUAUAUAAAAGGUCCUUUACAAAAGAAAAGUGUGUUUACAGACAAUCGAUAUAUAAAUAAUAGUAGUGUAUCGUGUUUAAAAGUUGAAAAUUAAUGCAAAGCAAACAUACUAUUAAUACUACUGCUAAAUGCUGAUAAGAUAUAUACCUACGCUCUGAAUAACAGAAGAAUAUCCAAUACAUAACAAAUAUGUAUCGACAGGCAAAGCAACAACAGAUAAAGAAAAAUGAAAUUUAAAUUAUGAACUUUUACUAGUAAUCAAAUAAAGUUUCAAAACAACCCAAACAAGUGAGAUGAACUUUUUCCCAAACUAGUGCGACCAGAAUAUACCAAAGAAAUUCCGAAGCUUCCAAGUGCUCGAAAAGGAAUGCUCCGAAAAUAUGGACGUGGGUGGAAUCGAAACGAAAAAAUGCCCCUCAGUGUGAUAUAUCAUUAAUCCAAACCCAAAUUGGACUACGCUUCAACUCAACCCGAUUUGUUUCCUCGACUGAAGGCAACCAGUCAGUUUCGCCCAACUCGAGGACAAUUCCACUUUUGAAGAGCGCAACAUAUCUUCCAUACAAGUGUGUGCGUACGCGCAAGCUGUUGUUAAUUGUGAUAUCGGAAUCGAAAGCCGAAUAGAGUUAGUGCGCUUAAAAAUUUCCCAAGGACUCCCCCUUACAGAGCUACGUUUUCUCAAAAUGGGACUGAUUUUUAUAAAAUCGUACAAGAAUUGUGAUCGAUCCGAAAACGGUGAUGACAUCAACCUGAAAGCAGAGGAAUAUUUAAGAGACUUUCGCUUUGACGCUGCUUGGAACUGCCACUUUACCAAACUUAGGUGUUGUGGCCAAAAGCAAAUCAAAGCAUUAUCAAUUUGGAUUCUGUGAAUCCCUUCAAAAACUUCCUUUAGCCGAACAUACUCCCCAACUUCUACUAAACCAAAAAAAAAUCAAAACCAAAACUGUGACUCCUCAACUCGAGUCAACUGCAACUCGAAAACCACACACUGCCCGUAGUGCUUUUGAAAUCAAAAAGAUAGCCAAAUGCACCUUUCGAGCGGCGCGGCGACACCGAAGGAGAGAGUGUGAACAAAGUGAUUAUUCAUAACAGUAUUUUAACUUGUGAGAGCAAAAAGAAGACGACAACGACGAUGAUGAUGACGGCGGGAGAACGGUUCGCGUUUUAUUGACCGAACGAGAUCAGUGGUGUGGAUGGAUAUCUUCCUACUUAUUUACAACGUUGUUUGUUGAUUGACUCACAAAGUGGUUCCUUACACACAAAGUAUUCUUUUAAUACAGAUUUAUAUUGUCGUUUGUA